UCUACUUAGUUACUAUAAGUAUAUUCCAGCACAGUCUACUCUACUGACUCUACCUCUAGCUAUAAGUUACUAGAAUCUAGUAGUAAACUCUAGUUUAUCAAGUAUAUCUACUCUGACUAUAGUCUAUAACACGACUACUCAACUACUGUAUUAACUAAUAGUGUGUGUACACUGUAUAGAUCUACAUCUAGUAUUUAUGUAUUAAUAAGUUACUGGAUGCAGAAUUCUAUACUAGUGACUAUAUCUAGACUACAUAAAACUAGAUGUACAUACAUUAGAUUUAGAUCAGUUUGAUUGAUUUAUUUUGUUAGCUUGAUUAACAUUCAUAUUUAUAAUUAGAUCAUGACUCUACUAUAUGUCUAUAGUCUAUAUUAAUAGAAAAAUAGAUCUAGAUAGCUUUUUUUUUUUUUGGUUUAAGUUUAAUGAGAUGGGGUAUUUCAAUCUCAUGAAAUUAAAGCUGCUAAUCAUGCUGAUUGCUAUCAUUAUUAUCAUACUCAUGCUUUAUGAGUAUGAUUAAAAUGCUGAUUUGACAGAACAUCAUGAUCAUCAUGCAGCCCAGAGUGCCCAGACCAUUGCUAUGUAGUCCUUUAUUUAAUUCUAUGAUGAAUCUAGGCUACUUACAUUUUAUAUAAUUACUAUUAAAAAUAUAUUCUAAUUCAAUGUUUAUCUAAUUUAUCUAAUUACUAGAUUGUCUAGGUCUACAAUAGAAUAUCUACUUCAAUGUUUAUCUAAUUACUUGAUCUACAAUACAAUCUACUAUCAAAUAUUACUCAAGAAUUAUUUAAGAUUUUCCAUUGGAUUAUUCACUUACGCACCCACAUUCUUUUAUCUGAUAUCAUGCCAAGACAAAGAAAAAGAAAGCUUUCAUCCUGUACAAAUGUUGAAGACACUAUUUUGUACAAAUUCCUUUAUGAAAAUUUUAAUUAUUCUGAACUUUCACCAGAUGACAAUAAUAAACUAUGCUUAAAAGGACAUGUCCUCCUAAUUUAUAUGCAAAAUCAGUCCUCCCAAACAUCCACAGCAGAAAUUGUUGCUUCAACUUUUGGAUUCCCAUUUAAUCCAUGUUUAAUUUCAAAAGUUCAUUAUUUAACUGAAUGCACCAUUGCAAAGUAUAAAAGUAAUGUAACAAAAUAUUUGUCAGAAAUUCAAAACAUUUGCUAUCAAAUAUUUUACCAGUUACCUAGCACAACUGCUCCUAACUCUGAUUUAACUCCAACAAAAGCUAUACAACCAACUGAAAUAAAUCCUGUUUCAUCAAAUUUAAGAAGCAAUGAUGAAUUAACCCCUCGUAGAAGACAUUUAAAAAGACGACUUUCUUUUGUGUCCCAGGCAAGAAGUGAAGACAAGAAUAAAUAUAGGAAAAAAAUAUGUUUAUUAAAAUCUCAAAUUAACUCUCAGCCUAACCUUAUUAAAAAUCUUAGACGGUCUGUUCACCGAAAAAAAUGAGAGGAUUAGUCACUUGUUAAAAAAAUUGCACAAAUAUGAAAUUGAUUCUGGCAAACGUUUUUUAAAAUGUAAAAAAUGUAUUUGGCAAACAAAAAAGCAUCAAGAGAUAUUAAAGAAAAUGAAAUCAUCAUUUAAUAAAGAAUUGGCUGUGAAGGACGCUAUCAUAACAUCUCUUCAAAGUGAUAAACUACUUCUUGAAGAUGAACUUAAAGAACUAAAAGAAAAUAAAGCUAGGUCCCUUAAAAAAAAUAAUAAAACAUAUGAUGUUAUGACAAGGUUAAUGUUUUUUAAUUGUCUUUUAUACCAGGCCCCAACCUCUUCCAUCUCCCCUAUAGUUAGUAGUUUAUCACAGAGAUUGGGUGUUCUUCUUGAUUGCGUCCCUCACAGAACAUCAGUAGACAACUUUGUAAGAGAACUUGGUGUUAUUUCAGACCUACAAGCCGCUGAAGUUGCCAUGAAAACACCACAUCUAACUCUUGGGUUUGAUUCCACAACCCAAGAGGGUGUACUUGUCAAUUCAGUACAUCUCACCACUCCAACUGAUACUUUUGUUAUAGCUUUAGAUCAGUUGAGUGGUGGGAGGGCUGAGGACUAUGAAAAACACUUAAUUGAAUCAAUAAAAAAUUUAGCAUAUGCUUACUCAGAUUUUCAUAAGAUAGAGUUUUCCACUUGUCAUAAUGAAAUUAUCAAAAAUAUUUCCAACACUGUGUCAGACCGGGCAUCAGUGAAUCAUGCUUCCAUAGUUAAAUUAAAUGCAUUAUGGGGUAAAACCUUAAAUGAACUUAAUUGCCACCUGCACCCACUUGAUAGUAUUUCAAAAGGCUGCAGGUUGGCACUUAAGUCCCUGCAGACAGAAAGGAGCAGCCUUAUUGGGAGUGACUGCAUAGCAGGCAACAUUGUCUUACAAAUAGACAAACUCAGGUAUCGAGAUGGAAAGGGUGACCCCAAAAAUUUUAUUUCCUUUCUACUUAAUGAAAAUUUACCGAAGGGCCUUAUUCCACGGUAUAGGGGAAAUCGUUUGCAUGUGUUUUUCCAUACUUGUGGAAUAUUGGUCCUUCAUUAUGACCAAAUAUUAUCAUUUUUAAAAUCCCCUGCCCUUUCCUCUGGAUCGCUGAUAAGUUGCCUGCACAGUGACCUCAAUAGUGAAACUGGGAAGAAACAACUUUUUGUUAUGGGUAUGGUAGGGAAACUGCUGACAAGCCCUUGGAUGAAAAAAUUUUACAUUGCGCCUGGUGCGCAAGCUGUUUCUCAUCUUGGGGCUGUCACAGUCAUUAAAGAAGUUCUAGCCCAAGUAGAUCAAUGCCUUAGUAAUCCCUUUAGUAUUUUUACAAGAAACCUAGACUUCUUUGGUGAAAUCCUUGAUGUUAAUGAUCCCAUACUGGAGGUUCUUUUGCUCUGCCCUCAAGAUAAGGAAGUUGAAAACAUGAUAAAAGCUAGUCUGUCUUCUAUUGCAGAAACUAUCAAUAGGCAGUAUAAAAGGUAUCUUAGUAUGAAUGUGUCUGAUCUGAUGAGCACCCAGACAGAAUCUGCUAGGCUACAUAACAUGGAUUCUGAAGAGGUGAUUGGCAUGUUUAGUGCAGCCAAGAAAAAAGCACCAAAUGCAACGAUGUGCUACAUGUCCUCUAGAAUCCGUUCCCUAAAGAACAGAACUGUAGCCUAUCUAGAUUCUCUGAGUGUCUCAGAUAUGACUGAAAGGGUGACUUGGGCCAUUGGUGUCUCUCGCAGUAGGAGGCAGGCUAAUCGAGUGAGGACGUCAGAGGUGACUAAGGAGAUUGCUCUGAGGGCGGAGCAAAAAAACCAGGAGACAGAACAGAAAGAAAGAAAGAAAAUUGAAAAACUUUUAAGACAAGACAAUUACAUUGACAAGAUUAAGGAACUGAUUACUAACGUGACUGAACAGACUUGGAUGGAUGUGCAGGAAUUGUUAUCUGGAAAUGUUAUUGACAGGUUGAUCUGUCACUAUUGGUACAGUGCAGGCCCUGUAUUAUAUAGUGGCAGGGUAAAGGGACUGAAAAAAGGAAUGAAAGAUGUAUAUUUGGUAAAAUAUUGGCUGGAUGAUGAGGAUGAGAGUAGAGGGGUUGACUAUGACAUGAGCAAGUAUCAGCUUGCCUGUGACAUACUGUUCAAAGACUUGACAUUACUGUAGAAUAGUAUUUGUUAACAUCAAGGAUUUUUCCCUACCCAUUGACAAAAAUGUUCCAGUUUCACUUCUGUCUGACUAACAGGGAUUCUUUAUAAUUGGGUGGUAAAACAAUUCACAUACUAAUAUAACACACUAAUAAAUCUGUUAGCUAAUCAUCAGUGACUAAUACAUUUCACUAAAAUAAAUACUUUUAUAAAAUUUUCAAACUGUAAAGUUUAUGUCAUUAAUUUUAAACAUAUUCUAUACUAUUAUAAAAUUAACUAGAGGUAAACAUAGUCUUAAUACUUUUAUACUAUUUUUUUUUAAGCUUUGAAAUAUUUAAAAUAAAAUAGUACCUUAAUAAAAAAAAAUAUGUAAAUAAAACUAUCCAAUUAUGAAGAAUGAUCAUUAUUUUUUUUUUUUUUUUGUUGUUGUUUUCAACAGAAAAGUAAAUCCCCUAUUUCUGUAAAUUUGUAACAAAACAUUUGUGUUGGGAUUUUUUUUGAUAAUUUGAUUAUUAUUCAUUUUCUUCAUGCAACUAUAAUUUUUAAAAUUAUAAAACCUACAUAUUGUUUAAAUUUGUUUUCCCAUUGCAUCACAUGUAAUACUGCAAAGUUUAAAAUUAAUAAUGCUACCUUAUAAGUGUUUCUCUAGUCCUCCCAGUAGAUCUGAAAUAACACCAGUUGUUGUCUACUUGUACUUUACAUUUUUUUUUAUUGCGCUUUUUUUUCUAACACACUAUUUUGUUUUAUAUCAUCUAAUUAAAUAAUUAUCAAAUUUAAUAAAGCCAAUUAACUAUUUUUCUUAGCUAUUUUUACUAUACAUGGUACAUCAUCACUUUUUAUAUACUGUUCCAUUUUAAAAUUGUAUUGAUGGUUCAUAAACAAUUAAUUUAAAUAAUGUGUAAUGUAAAGCCAUAACUUAAAAUUAAAAUAUUUAAUAAUUUUUAUAAAUAAUAAUAUUAUUAGUUUUAUAAAGUUGUCUUCACUUCAAGUUUGUGACUGUAAAGAUAUGCAAACUUUCCUUUUUAUAUUCAUGUGUACCAUUCAAUAUUAAGUUUUUUCAAACACAAAUCAUCAUAUUUCCUAUUAACCUUUUAUCUCUCAAACAUUUAACUAUCAUAAAAAAACAACACUUUUUUUCCAAUCCAUUUAUCAUUAACCCUUCAUUAAAUUACACAUUUAACCCUUCAUAAAUUCCCACAUGUGCCUUAUACUUUCAUGAUGUCCUUCAACUACUUGCAUGUAAUCAGAGUUCCUUCGGCACCAUUUACUUCAUCGUCAUCCAUUACAUAAUAACUUGCAUGUCAUCAGAGUCACUACUGCACCAACAAAUAAGCCACCAUUGACUUCAUCAUCAUUAUGUGCUGCUUACUUGCAUGAUAUCUGCUUUGCUACGCUUGUAACAAAAAGAAGCCACCAUUUACUUUAUCGUCAUCCAGUACACACAAACUUGCAUGUCAUCAGAGUCACUACGGCAUCAACAAAUAAACCACCAUUGACUUCAUCAUCAUUCUAUGCUGCUUACUUGCAUGAUAUCUGCUUUUCUAUGCUACUAACACACAGAAGCCACCAUUCAUUUUAUCGUCAUUCAGUACUGACUAAUUUGCAUGUCGAGUCCCUAUGUCACUAACAAAUAAACCACCAUGGGCUUCAUCAUCAGUUGGUCGAACUUAAUUUCUAUGUUAUCGCAUUCAUCUUCUACGUUAUCAGCACAAAUCCAGCAAUCGUUUAUGCCUUGCCAUCUUACCAUGCUAUACUUAAAAAUUAACAUCAUAUUAUCAAUUUCCAAGAAAAAUGUAUAAAAUCUUGUGCCAUGGUUUCCCAUUGCUUCAAUGUUAAGUGAAAACGCGUCAAAAUUGUGUGUAUUUUUUUAUCUAUUGGACCCAUAAUAACAUUCUAUACCUCAUUGGAAAGCUCAGAACAAGAUCUUUAAUAAUUUAUUAUCCAAAUUAAAAAAAAAAAAAUUUCAACAAUUUUGUCACAUAC